AUGAGCUUGGUCAUCAGCUCAUCCAUAGCCAUAGCCAUGGCCAUGGACGACACCCUUGAGCUCGACUAUUCAGUUCAUAGCAACAACACAACCACCACUGCUGAAUAUGAUCACGACUACGGUUGUAACUGGCAGUACAGCUGGCCUCCCGUUGAUGAUUGGGAGGCUGUUGCAGGCUGCGACGACUUCAGGGACCUCAUCGAAUCCAUGAUGGACGAUGGUGAGUUGAAUUUUAACCUACAGCAUCCAUGUGAACAGGUUGUCGAAGAAGGUAAUUCCUCCAACUCCGAUAUGACGGCCGAUACGAUGGUCGUGGAUGAGGAAACCAAAGGCGACGAUAGCAAAGGUGUGAAGCUGGUCCACCUCCUGAUGGCGGCGGCGGAGGCUCUGACCGGUGCUAACAAAAGCCGGGAUCUAGCCCGGGUGAUAUUGGUUCGGCUCAAGGAAAUGGUCUCUCCCACAGAUGGAACUAACAUGGAAAGGUUAGCGGCGUAUUUCACAGAGGCCCUGUACGGCCUGCUAGAAGGCGCUGGAGGUGUCCAACCCAAGCAUCUGAUCAGCAAUGGUCCCCACCGCGAUGAGCGGCACCAUCAUACGGACCUGCUCGCCGCGUUCCAGCUGCUGCAGGAUAUGUCACCCUACGUCAAGUUCGGCCAUUUCACGGCCAACCAAGCCGUUCUUGAGGCUGUGGCCCAAGACCGGCGGGUACACAUAGUCGACUUCGACAUCAUGGAGGGCAUCCAAUGGGCGUCCUUGAUGCAAGCAUUGGCCUCCAAAAAGGAUGGCCCCCCGGCCCCUCACCUCAGGAUCACUGCGAUUACGAGGGGUGGGUCCGGAAGCGGCCGGAGAUCGAUCGGGACCAUCCAGGAAACCGGUCGCCGAUUGACAGCCUUUGCUGCCUCGAUCGGCCAACCCUUCUCUUUUUACCAGUGUAGGUUGGACAAGGACGAGACGUUUCGGCCCUCGGCUCUGAAGUUAGUAAGAGGGGAGGCACUCGUGGUGAAUUGCAUUCUACACCUCCCCCACUUCAACCACCGGGCACCGCAGUCGGUGGCUUCAUUUUUAUCAGGAGCCAAGACCCUCAACCCGAGGAUAGUGACGCUGGUGGAAGAGGAGGUCGGACCCAUCGGAGGAGGGUUCAUGGACACUCUGCACCAUUACUCAGCCGUUUUCGACUCGCUCGAGGCAGACUUCCCCAUGCACAGCCGGGCCCGAGCUUUAGUGGAGCGAGUGUUCUUGGGGCCCCGAAUAUCGACGUCAUUAGCUCGGGUCUACCUAGCCGGUGGUCGGGAUGGCGACGACGAGAGUCUGAAUGGCCCCUGGGGGGAGUGGUUGGCUGCCGGAGGGUUCAGGCCAAUACCCAUAAGUUUUGCCAAUCACUGUCAAGCAAAGCUUUUGUUGGGACUGUUCAACGACGGGUAUAGGGUGGAGGAAUUGGCCAAUAACAAAAUCGCAUUGGGGUGGAAAUCUCGGCGUUUGCUGUCAGCCUCAGUUUGGUCGACAUGA